AUGGACGAGUUCACGGGCAUCGUCUCGCAGCCCCUGGCCGAGGCGGCCCGCGUCCUGGUCGCAAAGGGCCGUGCGCGCAGAUUCAGUAGCGGCGCCGCCAUGAAGCCCGAGGGCCUCGCGACCUGGUUUCUGGAGAACCAGACCCGCAUCGCCUUCAACUUGUUGUCGCUGCUGUGCUUAUCUCACGUCUGCCUGCCCAGAUCCAGGCCGUACACGUCCCAGUUCUUCUCGCUGUCUGGACACAACCCGAGCACCGGCAAGUAUGCCACGUCCACCGGGGACCUGUGCUUCGUCGCCUUCUGCGUCGUCCUCCUGACGGGGCUCCGCGCCGGCGCCAUUGACUACCUGCUCGAGCCGCUGGGCAGGCGAUGGGGCAUCUCCAAGAGCAAGGUGGUCACCCGCUUCGCGGAGCAGGCCUGGCUCGUCAUCUUCUGCGGCGUCUCUGGGCCGGUUGGGUUUUGGCUCUACCGCGCGUCGCCCUACUACAUGAGCAUGACGGCGCUCUGGACCGACUGGCCGGACCGCGAGCUGGGCGGGCCGAUGAAGGCCUACUUCCUCGCGCAGCUGGCGUUUUGGAUCCAGCAGAUUGUCGUCGUCAACAUCGAGAAGCGGCGAUCGGACCACUGGCAGAUGGUAUGGCAUCACGUCGUCACCGUCAUGCUCGUGGGCGGGUCGUACGCGUACCAUCAGACCAAGGUGGGCAACCUCAUCAUGGUGCUCAUGGACACGGUCGAGUUGUUCCUGCCGCUCGCCAAGUGCCUCAAGUACCUGGAGCGCCGCACGGCGUGCGACGUGACGUUUGUCGUCUUCAUGCUCUGGUGGUUCGUGGCGCGGCACGUCAUCUUCAUGCGCAUCUGCUGGAGCAUCUACGCAGACAUGCCGCGCGGCAUACCGCCGGCUUGCUACGCGGGCGGCAUGGACGGGCUGCGUGGUCCGCUGGCCGUACCGGACGACUGGUCCCACCUGGUGGAGCCCUUCUACCGGGCCGAGGGCAUCGUCUGCUGGUACGACGGCGUGCGGUUCGCCUUCCUCUACUGCCUGCUGUUCCUGCAGGUGCUGCUGAUGAUGUGGUUCGUGCUCAUCGUGCGGGUGGCGGUGCGGGCGCUCAAGGGCAGGGCGGUGGAGGACGACCGCAGCGACGACGAAGACGGCGGCACCGGUGAGGGCGAGGGCGAACGGCACGACGGCAAAGGCAACGGCGGCAAGAACGGCGGCAACGCCAACGGCAGCGCCAACGGACGGGGCGAACACGAGGGCGUCGUGCGCAGGCCGGCCGACAUGGCGCGCCAGAGGACCGCGGCGGAGAAGGCAAAGUGA